AAUACCUUCUGCACUCGGUAGAUUCCACUUCCUGCAACCAUAGCCUGAAUCAGCAAUCCAAAGUCCCAACCAAGUGAGACCCAACAAUUGGGAGACUUGGACGGUCUCUCCUUCAUGUAAAUUAGAAACACAGAGCAAUUCCUGGAGAAGACAACAGAAGUCAUGAAUCCCGGUCGUGAUUUUCCUCGUCAAGAGAAGCUGAAGCCGAAGGCCGUGAUCGUCGGAGGGAGCAUAGCAGGUGUGUCCUGCACACACGCUCUCAUUCGGGCAGGGUGGACGUUGCGGUCAUAGAGAAAUCGUGCAAGCUCCGAAAGGAAGCCCCACCGGUGCAGGACUCAGUUUGGAUCGGCUCUCUCAGGAGUUCAUCGGGUCCUGGACAGGGCGCCCUGAUCUUCUCCGUGACAUCACCUGUCCUCUCUGCAUUGAUCUACUAAGGAAACUUCAUAUGACGAACUCAGCCUUAUUGAAAGUCCUGAGAGCCAAGCAAUCGAUGAUGAGAAAACCAGGAAGAUACUAGCAAGAGAUGAUAAUUUCAAUCAUGAAGCAGCACAUUGGGCUACUCUGCAUGACCACCUGUUCACUGCAUUGCCACCAGAAAUAUUCCUCCAGGGCCAUAUUUUCCUCUCUCUCUCUGUUUCCAAUGAUCGGCAAUCAGUCAAAAUCAAGGCCCGAGUUCUCAGCACUGGUGAAACCACCGAAGUAUACGGAGAUUUGCUCAUCGCUGCAGAUGGAUGCCUCUCUAAUUCGCAAUCACUUUCUUCCCAUUGUCAAACCAAGACAUUCUGGCUAUUGUGCCCGGAGGGUGUUUUUCAAUUUUUCGGGGAGCAAAGAUUCUGAAACUAUCAAAAACGUUAGGGAGGCACAUCUGGAGUUUGGAAAAUGCCUGUACUUAGACUUGGCACCCGGAAAUCAAACUGUUCUUUUCGAGAUCCCAAACAAAAGGCUGAACUGGAUAUGGUAUUUAAAUCAACCUGAACCUGACUUGCAGGGAAAUUUAGUUACUACAAAAGUAAGGGAUGACUUGAUUCUGAAGAUGUACCAAGAUGCAGAGAAAAUUUGGCAUCCAGCUUUAGUUCAGCUCACGAGAGAAACUGAAGAACCUUUCAUAAAUGCCAUUUACGACUGUGAUCCACUAGAACAAAUAGUAUGGGACAAUGUGGUACUUGUUGGUGACGCAGCACACCCCACGACACCGCACAGCUCAAGGAGCACAAACAUGUCGAUUCUGGAUGCUGCUGUCCUAAGCUGGUGCUGGGUGAAGUAGGGAUUGAAAAAUCUAACAGCUGCUCUUGAAGAAUAGCAAUCCGUUAGGCUACGUGUUGCAUCCAAGCAAGUCUUGCAUGCCCGGCAAGUCGGGAGGAUAAAACAAGGCCUUACGCUUCCUGAGUGCAAACCUUUCAAUCCUAACACAGCCACUUGGGAGGAUUGCAAGAUGCUUCUGCAGAGAGGCAUGCCC